GCUGGUUUGUCUACAGUGUGUUCAUGGACACCCUACCAAACUAAAGCCAGAAUAUCGCAACUUUAGACAAUUUCGGUCAAGAUAGCAAAAAAUGGAUAAUAGAAAUAGUCAAGGGGAGAAAAAACCAGAAAGCAGUUACUCCGAGGGCGGAAUUCGCGAACUUUUGGACCGUUUAGCACUUCGUUCUUUAGUAGAAGAAGAGACUGAAACUCCAGCUAAGACGUAUGAUGAUUUUAAGUUUUGGAAGACUCAACCUGUUCCCAAAUUUGAUGAUGAAUGCGAAGCUGAAGGCCCUAUUGACCCAAAUACGGACAUUAAUAUGGUUCCAAAGGAGCCCUAUCGCUUAUUGAAAGAGUUUGAAUGGACAACUAUGAAUUUGGAAGAUGACAACGAGUUGCGCGAGGUUUAUGAACUUUUAACGGAAAACUACGUGGAAGACUCUUCGGCGAUGUUACGAUUUGCUUAUUCUGCAGAGUUCUUGAGGUGGGCUUUAAUGUCACCAGGCUAUGUCAAAGAUUGGCACGUUGGUGUUCGAGUUAAAGCUUCAAACAAGUUAGUUGCAUUCAUCUCUGCAGUGCCUUUAGUGAUCCGCGUGCGUGACAAACUCUUUGAGAAGUGCGCUGAAGUCAACUUUUUGUGUAUUCACAAAAAGCUGCGUAGUAAACGUCUUACGCCUCUAUUGAUUAAAGAAGUUACCCGUAGAUGCCAUCUCACUGAUGUUUGGCAAGCUGUUUAUACUGCCGGUAUCUUAAUUCCCAGUCCAGUUAGUGUGUGCCGUUACAUGCACCGCAGCUUGAACUGGAAGAAGUUGUAUGAGAUUGGCUUCGCUCCUCUUCCAUUUGGAAGCUCGCCUACAAAGGAAAUGGCUAAAUAUCAUUUACCCUCUGAAACAGCUACUCCUGGAUUGCGUCCUAUGGAAAAGCGUGAUGUUACCCAAGUUCAAUCUUUAUUGUCUCGCUAUUUAGAAAGGUUUGAAUUGGCUCACUACUUUAAUGAAACCGAAGUACAACACUGGUUCCUCGGCAAUGACGAAGUUUCUAAAGGUCCUGUCAUUUGGAGUUAUGUUGUGGAAGAUCCUAAAACAAAAAGGAUUACCGACUUUUUUUCCUUUUAUUCGCUUCCUUCUAGCGUGCUUGGAAAUCCAAAGUAUAGUGAUAUUAAAGCAGCUUACUUAUAUUACUAUGCUUCUGAUUCUUAUCCUAAAGACACUUCCAAGGCUUCUUCGGACAAGUUUGUUGAAAGAUGCAAGCUUUUGAUCAAAGAUUCCCUAAUCCUUGCUAAUCGCCUUCGUUUUGAUGUGUUCAACGCCGUGACCGUUUUGGAUAAUAACUUGUUUUUGAAAGACCUUCGAUUCGGUGAAGGUGAUGGUUACCUAAAUUAUUAUAUCUACAACUAUCGCUGUCCCAAGGUACCUGGUGGAAUUGACUCUGAGAAAAAUAUCGACAAGUCAAGACCAAGCGGUAUGGGUUUUGUCAUGAUUUAACAUUUAGACAUUAGGUAUAUAAUCUUCUGACAUUGAUUAUGAAGAUACUUUACUCAUUGAUUGAUCCGAAUUUUGAAUCCAGUUACAUAUGCAUGAAAAACCAUAAAAGCCAUAGAGGCCGAUUAUUAUAUUCAAUAAGUACACUACAAUGUAAACUAUAGAUAUCUCUAACAUUAC